GUCAAACAGAUUUCCUCCACGUAACGCAGGCGUGCGUUUCAUCGGUUUAUUUCCCGAUUUUGCUGAUAUAAUAUCAAGCACCGGCUGAAAUGAUUUUCUAAAAACAAAUCCUUAUUAAGUAUUCUCUAAGAAAAUUUAUCGCAUCAAUCCAGUUUCGGCCAGAAUGAAGGCUGUGAAACUAUUACUAAUUGCUGUUUUGGCAAUUAAUAGUACUUUAGGGGUAGAUAGGAACAAUUUCAAAACAUGUGAACAAUCAGGAUUUUGUAAAAGAUUACGAGCAUUAAAACCAGAGAAAUCGCUAUAUUCUCUAAAUAUAGAUAGUGUAUUUGUGCAUGGAAAUGUUCUUUCCGCUGAAGUUGUUACCGUUGAUACGGAAGGAGAGAAGAAGAAUAUCUUGUGGCAUUAUGCCCUCAAGCUGUCAGCAUUAGUCGAUGGAACAUUCAGAGUGGAAAUUGACGAAGCUGACCCACUGUAUCCCCGAUACAGGACUCAACUGGCACUCGAUGGAGAGCCGAAGGGUGAUGAAUUGAAACUUCUCUCCAACGAAGGGGGCAAGCUGACGCUGAAGAACUCGCAGGGUCACCAGGUGGUCAUCACCGCGGAGCCGCUGAAGUUGGAGUUCCUCGAUAGAAACGGCGAAACGGCCGUUGUGUUGAACGAGAACGCUCAGCUGUUCGUCGAACCGCUGCAGGUGAGGCGCUCUGGUGAUGACGACGAGGGGAACCAAGUCGAUGACGAAGGCGCCUGGAGUGAGAAUUUCAAAUCCCACCACGACAGCAAACCGCGGGGCAACGAAGCUGUGUCGCUCGACAUUGGGUUCCCUGACGCUGAUCAGGUUUAUGGUAUACCCGAACAUACGGACAGAUUCCACUUGAAAACAACAACGUCCGGCGAACCAUACAGAUUGUACAAUCUGGAUGUUUUUGAAUUCGAAUUGGACAGCCGGAUGGCGUUGUAUGGCGCCAUACCGGUGAUGUAUGCUCACGGCUCGAAGCGCACAGUGGGCGUCUUCUGGCACAACUCGGCGGAAACGUGGACGGACGUGGUCAACUACGCCGAUGGUACAGUGGUGGCGUCGCUCGUCAGCCUGGUCACGGGUUCGCAGAACCGGCGCGUCGACGCCAGAUUCAUGAGCGAGAGCGGCAUAGUGGACCUGUUCGUGAUGCUGGGGGACACGCCCACCGACGUGUUCCGGCAGUACACUCGGCUCACCGGCCCCGCGCCGCUGCCGCCUAAAUUCUCGCUGUCGUACCACCAGUCGCGCUGGAACUACGUGGACGAGGCCGACGUGCGCGCCGUGGACGAGGGCUUCGACCGGCACGACAUCCCGCUCGACGUCAUCUGGCUGGACAUCGAGUACACCGACGCCAAAAAAUACUUCACAUGGGACCCGAUUAAAUUCCCGACCCCCUCGGAAAUGGUGGCCAACCUCACGGCCAAGGGUAGGAAAAUGGUCGUCAUCAUCGAUCCGCACAUUAAGCGUGAGGCUGGAUACUUCCUGCACGAGGACGCCACGGAACUGGGGCUCUACGUCAAGGACAAGGAUGGGAAGGAUUAUGACGGCUGGUGCUGGCCCGGCUCCUCAUCAUACCUGGACUUCUUCAACCCAGCGGCGCACAAGUACUACGCGGACAGGUUCCUGUUCGAGAACUUCCCGGGCACCAGCGAGGACGUCCACCUGUGGAACGACAUGAAUGAGCCAAGCGUGUUCAGCGGACCAGAAAUAACGAUGCCGAAAGAUUGCCGUCACUAUAAACCACCUCAAGAUGGACAAGACGGUAUAGCUUCGUUCUGGGAACACAGGCACGUGCACAACGAGUACGGGCUGUCGCACAUCCGCGCCACGCACGCGGGGCUGCUGGCGCGCGCCGCCGCCCGCCGCCGCCCCUUCAUCCUCUCGCGCUCCGUCUUCGCCGGCACGCAGAGAUAUGCAGCGGUGUGGACGGGCGACAACAUGGCGGAGUGGGGAUUUUUGGCUGCGUCGAUAACGAUGUGCCUCUCGCUCGCGAGCGCCGGUGUCUCGUUCUGCGGCUCUGAUGUUGGAGGCUUCUUUAAGUAUCCGGAAGCUGAGCUCAUGACCAGAUGGUACCAGGCGGGCGCGUUCCAGCCGUUCAUGCGCGCGCACUCGCACAUCGAGACGAAGCGCCGCGAGCCCUGGCUGUACGACGCGAGCGCGCUGGCGCGCAUCCGGGAUGCUGUGCGCCGGAGAUACGCUCUGCUCGACUAUUGGUACACGCUGUUCUACGAGCACACGCUAGAUGGCGCCCCGGUGAUGCGCCCGCUGUUCCAGCACUAUCCGAAGGAGCAGGACACCUACACCAUCGACGAUGCCUAUUUGUUAGGUGAUAAACUGCUAGUCCGCCCGGUGGUCGAGCCCGGCGUGUCGUCCGUGAAAGUGUACCUGCCGGGAGCCGAAUCGCGGACCGUGUGGUACGACGUCGACUCGUUCCAGCCGCACCGCGCCAACGGGUACAUGACCCAGGAGGUCACUAUGGCUAAGAUCCCGGUGUACCAGCGCGGCGGCAGCGUGCUCCCGCGCAAGGAGCGGGUUCGACGCUCGUCGCCGCUCAUGGAGAACGACCCCUACACGUUCGUGGUCGCUUUGGAUGAUAAUAACACAGCUAGCGGCACCCUGUAUAUAGACGACGGAGAAACGUACGAGUAUAAAAACAACAAAUUCAUUUACGCUAAAAUAACCUACGAACCGACCUCCAUGAAAUACACUAUCACCAGCGGCAAUUAUGCGACUCGCACUUGGCUAGAGCGUAUCGUGAUAGCGGGUAUAAAGUCGCCUCCCAAGUCGGCUAAACUCAUCCAAAACGGUCAAGCCACACCCCUGCAAAUGACUAUACAUCGCGGUAACGACGUACUUGUCGUGAGGAAACCCGCGGCGCAAAUGAGUGCAGAUUGGGAAAUACAAUUCACUUUUUAGUAUAAUAUAGUCUGAGAGCUUGUGAACUUAGUUGUAUAUGGAAUUUAGUAAAAAAUAAAAAGUAUGGGAUUUAAUUUUUUUAAUGUAAUUGUAAUUGUGAAUCACUGCCCUUUAAACUGUGUGGUUUAACUAUUCGUAUCUCCUUAAUAUUACUAUUAAUCUAAAUUUAAUAAUUAUUAGCUUUGAACUUUAAAUUAUUGAAAUAAGUAUUAUAUUAUGAAAUAAAUGUUAUAGCGUAUUGUAUAAGUUGUCCCCGGACCUCUCAACAGAGUUUGUAUGACGUCAACUUUUUUUUUUCAAUUUACAUAAUACAGAAGGCUUAAGAAUUCGCAUAUAUAUUAAAAAUAAAAUUCGGUCUCGGAAUGUGUCUCAAGUCUUUUUGUGUUCUGCUAAAUUGUGAUAUAAAAUAUGUUAAAAUAAUAUGUGUUAAAAGCACAGUAGGAAGUGGUUUAUUUUUGAAAGGUGAGGUUUUAUAAUGCCUGUUUCCAUUAUAAGAAAUGUUGUAUGUAGAUGCGGUGUUCAGACAAUGAUACGUAGAGUUCACAAGCUCUCGUUAAAGGACGUAAUAGCGUUACAUAAGUAGACUAAAUACAAAAUAAUUUCUCAUUUCUGCGUGCGAAUAUUGAUUUUUAUAUACAUCACGAUCAAGUCAUUUUAAAUAUGUAUUAGUGUUUAUAUGAUAUAAAAUCAAUUAAAUUUUAAGGGUUAAAAAUAGAAAUGAUUGUAUUUUAAAUAUUGUGUAUGUAGUAUAAAAAGUCACCAACUCUUAUAUUAAAAAAAUAAUUAAUAGAAACUAUAAUAUUCCGCUCGCAGUAAUGGCCCCAGACCUCUCCGUAUCUAUGAUACUUGGUAAAUUUAAACAAAUCCAGUGUUCAAUACUCAACACUGUGUUUACAUUUAUUGAUGUUACGUGAAUUUUAAUUAUUAAAAAGUAUUCGGUGUAGUUUUCGUUUAGAAAUUUGUUGUUGCUGAUUUUAAAUAUAAUUAUUUAUCUGCGGUACAUAUGAUUUUCUUUUUACUAACAAAUUUUAUACGAAUUUCACGCAAUCAAAAUUGCAUUUUUAUAAUGUAAGUUAAUCAGUGAUUUAUAAAUUUACAUUUUUUUUUUGUAUUUUAGUUAUGUUGUCUAUAUUGAAUACUUCAUAUUUCUAAACGAAUAUUACACUAAAUUCGAAGAGUAGAUGUAUCUUGUGAUAAUAAGACAAUUUUUAAAUAUU